AUGAGCCCGCCACCAAUGACUACGACAGAUGAAGCCAAAGAGGACGAAAAAUCGGAUGACAGCGGGAUUAUGUCGGAACUGGACACCACCACCACCUCGUCUUCAUCGCCCCCAUCAACUACUACAACCAGCGCUAAUACUACUCCGUUCAAAGUCUUACGAAUCCACGACAAACACGAACGUCGACGACGUAUGCUGAGUGUCUUCCCAAAACAGUCCGGAUAUAGCAAAACGAAUAUUUCGAUGGCACGCAAGAUUGUUAAGAAAGCCUUGAAAACCCGUAAAAAUAUGGACCACAACCAGAACCGUCGUCAACGCCAUAUGCAGCUCCUGGAGCAACUCUGCCAAGAUCCGAAAGAUGAUAGAAACGCUGAUGAGACAAAGAAAGAGGAAUAUGAGGAGCCGCCACCAAGACCACCAACUCGACGAUGCAUGUUCUACCGUGAAGACACCGACGUCAUCAAAGUUCUCCGUGCCAAGCAGAUCUGA